AAAAAGAAAGGAAAAGAAACGCAAAAGAGAAAAAGGAAAAAGGAAAAUUUUGUUAAUCGAAUCUUUCGUUUUCCUCUUCAAAACCUUAGGGUUCUCUUUUUUAUUCCUUUUCUUUUGCAUUCUCUUUCUCCAAUGGCGACCCAACAGAGCAAUGCAGCAACAGCUACAAAACUAGGGCUAAGGAAACCAGUCUUCACCAAAGUGGAGCAGCUGAAGCCGGGGACAAGUGGCCACACUUUGACUGUUAAAGUGCUCUCUUCCAACGUUGUCUUACAAAAGGGUCGAUCCGUUUCCCAACAUCUCCGCCAAACCCGCAUCGCCGAGUGCCUUAUCGGGGAUGAAACUGGUUCGAUACUCUUCACAGCUCGUAAUGAUCAAGUUGAUCUGAUGAAGCCAGGUGCUACUGUUAUUCUCCGCAAUGCAAAGAUUGACAUGUUUAAGGGAUCCAUGAGGCUAGCAGUUGACAAAUGGGGGCGUGUUGAGGUCACCGAGCCGGCAAAGUUUGUAGUCAAGGAGGAUAACAAUCUCUCUCUAGUUGAAUAUGAGUUGGUGAAUGUGGUUGAGGAGUGACAAGGUCUUAUAAUAUUCUAUAUCUAUGGAAGAAGAGUAGCUUCAUAAUUGUCAAAAGCUGUGAUGGGUAGUUUCUUCUAAAUUUAUGCUAAUGUGAUAGUUCUGCAGUUUCAUUUUACUUUGUGAAUGGUAUAUGUAGUUUGGGUGGCUAAUAGAUAUGACUAAACCAAAAGUUAUGCAGUCUUUUUUGUUUAAUAUGACUAUCAGAAGUAGGAUUUGUUAGGUAUUGGCAGAAACAGCUUGGAACUCUGCUUAAGUUGGAAAUAUGAAAAUGUUAAUGAUAUAUUUUUUUCUGGUUUAAAUUUUCA